AUGAGGGGACUGGGAGCGGCAGUGGUUGAGGGGAGUGGGCGCGGCAGUGGUAGUGUUGCAGUUGAGGGCAGUGGGAGCGGCAGUGGUAGUGUGGCAGUUGGUGAGUGCGUUGCUAGGUUGAGGGGACUGGGAGCGGCAGUGGUUGAGGGGAGUGGGAGCGGCAGUGGUAGUGUUGCAGUUGCAAAUUCCUAUCUGAAGCGGCUUAGGAAGCAAUGCAAUCCUAACGUAUGUAAAGCCGGCAAAACGGAUUGCACUAAUAUUUACAAAUGUGAAUGUAACUGUUGUCGACAGAAAUGUAAAGAGAGGGAUCCCGUCUGCACGCCCCUCGCUCCUCCCCCUCCACCGCCUCCCGCUGAUUCCUCCGAUGUUCAGGAUCACGCCGCCGGUCAAGAGCUUCUCCCCCGUACCGAAGCUCUCGAACAAGAGAACAAUUCUCCACCUUUCCGCCCUAACCCCCAAACCAUCGCCGCCGUCAUCGUUGCCAUCAUCGUCGCCAUCAUCCUGCUCGACCUGUGCAUCUUCCGCUUUCCGGUGGGCCGCAACAUCCGCGAUUUCCUCGUACGCAAGAUACCCUUCUGCAUCGCGUUUUACAGCUGA